AUGCGCUUGAUUGAGGUCUCUUAUCCUCCCGAGUCUCGAGACUACCUCUGGGACGAUACCGCCGCGCUCAUCGCUUGCUCCUUGACCUGCCAUGCAUGGCAUCUCGCUAAUCAGCACCAAACUCUCGACAGCUCGCUCACGAUGCCUCUCUCUAGCUAUCGUUUCCUGCACUGCGCUCUUGCAAAAGCCCAUCCGGGCCUCGAGAUUACAUUACUGCGUCAAGUUGCGCCUGAACUAUUUGGACUUGUGGUGGAUACCAUCAGCUUCAAAGGAUUGCUCGGAGAUGUGCGAGAGUGGAUAUCAUUCCGGCGAGUUUCCGAGACACGUGUGAUUGUGAGCACGCAGUUCCCUCUAUCCGGACUCUGGUUUAUUCGGGCCUUUCCCAUCAACCACCCGGUGAGUACGCGGUAUAUGGGACUGAAGCUUGAACCACCGGACGCUGAGAAAUUGCCAGACGUGGUAAUGCGUCUCAAAAGGAUUGAAGCUUGCCUGUACGUAUUCAUAUUCGCAGAUAAGACUUGCAGCUUAACAUGUCGGGAUUGGCUUCCCUCCAGCCGCUAUCAUCUCUACAGUGCGCUGGAUAUCAACUCGAACAACCAGCUCACCAAGCUACAAAUAUUACUGGAUCAUUCCCCCCAUAUUUGCGAAUUCAUUCGCGAGAUACAUAUCGCCGGUAUUGACCGAAGAUGCAGUGCUUGGCUUCUUGCGCUCUCCACUAGGCUGUCCCGCCUGGAGUCCCUUACGCUCAAAUUCUGUCUUCUGCGUUCCUUCGCCGCGGACACCUUCAAGCUACCCUUGCCCACGUUGUUCCCUGCUCUUCGGAAACUCAUUAUUCGUAGCUCAUCAUUUGACCGUGAAUGCCUGCCCCGAAUGUUGUUUGCGCUUCCUCAACUUAGUCAUCUAGAGCUCAAGGACGUCUGCUGCAUGAAGCACCCCCUCGCAUCCCUCAGCAGGCCGUCGUCUUCGGAGGCUACGGACCAGACAGUCUAUUUGGAAACCUUGCGGUGGGAUUUUGUGCCCGACGAUCUAAUUGAAUGGCUCCUGUGGGCCCGUUGGCCCACCCGCAUUCGUACCCUAAACCUGUUGCUCAACACCGCGAUUGCACAUGGACAGAAUACCGUCGAUCGCCUGUUGGAAGUUGCAGGGGGUUCGUUGGAGAAUCUAUCGCUCUCUCUGGGUGUAACGUGCCGCUACAAGCCGUUGGACCUCUCGCGGAACCCGGGUCUUGCUUCACUGCAGCUAGUUCUCUACGCGCACGCGCCAGAUCCGGAAUGGUUUGCGUGGGUCACCGCCGCCCUCAUGGACAUCCCACCCAUUCACCGAUCUCUGAAACAUGUCCACAUCUCCUUUCAACUUUACGAAAGUAUACAAGACCACUAUCAAAUUGUGACGCAAUGGCCCUGGGCAAUGCUCGACCGCGCACUUUCCGCGGUUACAAUCAGACACCCGAAUGUUGUACUCGACAUCGAUUUCCCUGGGUGUUCACGGAAGUGCAUUGAAUCCGUGGUGGGGCUGCGCAUACACCUUGUCGUAACACAGAUCUUUAAGAGUGACAUCAUUCUUGGACCAACAAGGGCCAACAAUUUCGAAAUCUUCAGCUGA